GACGACCCAUGGCGAUGGUAGUACACAACCAGUUGUGGCUUUCACGAGGCGGGCACGCCGCGCGCGCUCUCCAUGAACGUUCCGCUCCGUUCGCGUCGUUCCGUCUCGUCUCGUCUCGUCGGCUCGUACUUCGUACCCGCGUCGCUCGAUACGCGUCGAACCGCGUCGAGAUAUCGAGACGACCGCGGGGUGUGAGAUCUCUCGCGUGGGAGUGUCCCGGCGUCCGCGCGCCGAACUGUCAAGCGACGCGAGUCGGCAGCCGCGCUUUCGAAAAGAGCCGUCACGUGCACGCGGGGGGAAGCCCCGCCGCGGCGCGGUAUCAUCAUCAUCGCGCGAAAUAUGAAAUACCGCGGUAAAGUGUAGAGUGCGGGGGCGUGCUCGAGUCACGGCCGUGAGUGGUAGAGUACGCGCGUAUGUACACGAGUGUAGCAACGUCACGUGGCGCGGCACGAUGAACGUCUGGCUGCUUGCGACGUUGUGGCUCGUCGUCGCGCGGCCAGUCCACGGCUUCUUCAAUCUCUUCCUCAGUCAGACGGAGGUCCGGAAGUUAAUGGGACUGCAAGCAGAAUUAUUUUACGUCAGAGACGGCAUCAUAAACGAAUAUGCCAUCAAGUUUGUCGUUCCUGUACCCGCGCAAGUUCACAAACUCCAUUUCACAUGGGAAAAUCUCAUUGGCAGACCGCUGCUGUACACGAUGUCCGUAGACAUCAGCAAUCCCUCGGCGUUGAGCAGCUCCCUGAACAUCUCUCAGGCCGGCGAGAUGCCUGUCAGCGGUCUGCAAACGUGGGCCCUGUCGUUGCACUGCGGGCCUUACGACGCUGAGGUCGAUCUCACUCUCCGAAUCAAUGUCUCGUUGUCGAAAAAGAAUAACACCAGCCUGGAGUUUCGACGAAAGAAGAUCUGCCUGAAGGAAAAAAGUUACACCAGUCCAGAAGAGGUCCUAGUCGCCGCCUCCGGCUCCACUUCCGGUGGUCAGGUGUUUUACGCGGCUAUUGGUUGCGCGUGUGCAUUCAUAGCGGCUAUCUUCGUCCUGGUAGUAGCCUAUUAUGUGCGCGAUAAGAAAACCAGGAGACACCGAGACCCCCUACAAGAAUCCAGGGGUCUGAGCUCAGCGUGCAGCAUGGAAAGAGGUACCGGAGUGGGACCCGCGCAAACCUUUUUGUCGCCGGAAACACCACCACCUGCGUCCGCUGCGUCGGGAUCGUCCUAUAGGCGACUCGACGAUCGUCCUAGCAGAGAAUUGCACGAGAGGAUCCAAGAAAUUACUGUACAAAGGUGCAGAGUGCGUCUUCUAAGUAUCGAGAUGGAGGGAACAUUCGGACGCGUGUAUAGGGGCAGUUACCACGAAGAGGGUGCUUCAUCUCCCAAGGACGUACUGGUGAAAACUGCUGCCGAGCACGCGUCACAAUCACAAGUGGCUCUGCUCUUACGAGAAGGUUUAGCUCUCUACGGGUUCAGCCAUUCAGCAUUGCUUCCAGUCCUUGGUGUUUCCAUCGAAGACAGGAGCGCACCUUUUCUGCUAUACCCGCACACGGGGUACAGAAACAUGAAAAGAUUCCUGCUAAGGUGCAAGUUGAGUAGCGAAGGACCUCCGAGGGCCCUUACGACGCAAGAAGUUGUCGAAAUGGCGCUUCAAGCUGCGAAAGGCGUACAGUAUCUCCACAGGAAGAGACUCGUCCACAGGGAUUUGGCGGCCAGAAAUUGCGUUGUCGACGAUGAUCUGAGGGUACAGAUUACAGAUAACGCCUUAGCCAGAGACCUGUUCCCACAGGAUUAUCACUGCCUCGGCGAUAAUGAGAAUCGCCCGAUCAAAUGGCUGGCGAUAGAGAGUCUACUCACUAAGACAUUCACUACAGCUUCUGACGUGUGGGCAUUUGGUGUUUUAUUGUGGGAACUCACGACCCUGGCGCAGCAACCUUACGUAGAAGUGGAUCCAUUUGAAAUGGCAUCCUAUCUCAGAGAUGGUUACAGGUUGGCGCAACCGAUAAACUGUCCGGACGAGUUGUUCGCAGUGAUGGCAUAUUGCUGGGCUAUGUCGGCGGAAGAGAGACCGACGUUUAGUCAAUUGAUUAUCUGUCUGCAAGAUUUUCACACUCAAUUAACGCGAUAUGUUUAAUUGAGCGUGCUGAUUGGCUGUAAAAUUGCACUGGACUUAGCUAUUAACGUGUCUCCUGAACAUAUCGCAGCUUUCAUCGGACGAAAUAA